AUGUACGGUGAACGGAUUGUCAUCCCGAAGAAAUUACAACAGAAAGUCCUCGAGCAACUACACAGAGGGCACCCUGGUAUCGAUCGUAUGAGAUCAUUAGCACGCAAUUGUGUUUACUGGCCAAACAUCGAUGAUCAAAUCAUAGUCCUUGUGCGUGCUUGUCAAGAAUGUGCCUCAGUUGCGAAGGCCGACCCAAAAACGAAGCUUGAAUCGUGGCCGACACCAGAGAAACCUUGGCAGCGAGUACAUGCGGACUUUGCCGGUCCUAUUAACGACACCUAUUUCCUACUAGUUGUGGACUCAUUCUCCAAGUGGCCGGAAAUCAUUCCGACCAAACGCAUUACCACAGCUGCUACCGUUUCGAGUCUUCGCAAAAUAUUCGGAAGAUUUGGGAUGCCGGAAAUUUUGGUGACGGACAACGGCCCGCAGCUCACCAGUGACACCUUUGAAGAGUUUUGCGAGGCAAAUGGGAUCAUGCAUCUCAAAACGGCACCAUUUCACCCACAAAGCAAUGGGCAGGUGGAACGUUUUGUUGACACCUUCAAAAGGACUGUCAAGCAAAUUCAAGCAGGAGGGGAAGACCUGGAUGAAGCACUCGACAUCUUUCUCAGCUGCUACAGAUCAACACCCUGUCGGAGUGCACCUGAUGGAAAAUCACCUGCUGAAAUCCUUCUUGGCCGUCCAAUGCGAACGUCCUUAGAACUACUUCGUCCACCCAACAAGUUCAUAAAGGACAAUAACAGCAAGCAGAACCGACAGUUCAACACAAAACAUGGUGCGAAAGAGAAGAACUUUGACUCGCAAGACAAAGUGUAUGCUCAAGUGCACCAAGGCAACAACUGGUGCUGGGUCUCUGGGAAGAUCCUGGAACGAGUAGGGCAAGUCAUGUAUAAUGUGUGGCUCCCGGAUCGGCAACGAAUAAUCCGCUCACACAGCAAUCAGCUGCGGAAACGCUAUGACGACUGCAAUGGAGUGCCAGAUCAGGCAGAGCAGACUAUUCCUCUUGAUAUUCUUUUAGUCGCUUGGGGUAUUAAGCCGUCUGAAGAUGCCACUACCACGGUAAUAGCGCCACCGCCAGCUGAACCAGAAGGAUUGAACGAAUUGCAGCGAGAGUUCUUACGAGAGCUCUUCGAGCCGGCUAGCCAUCAACGUCGUACACGAGCUCCAGUUAGGGGACCUGAUCCAGAUGAAGCGCUCCUACGUCGCUCUUCGAGACAGCGACUUGUACCGAUCCGCUACGAGCCGUACCAGCUCUACUAA